AUGGUCAGCCGGAUAGCCAAUCCCUGUGAAGGGAACAUCGUUCUUCUCUUCGGUCCUCAGGCCCUGUCGUUUGAUCAAGAAGCCUUUCUGAAAUUACGCGCAACAAUCCUAGGCUCGCUUUCUUACCGGUGGGUGCUAGACGUGGUUGAUGAGCUAUCUAGCAUCUGGACCAGGCUGGUCAAGGAUAUCCCCAUAUUAGAUGUGAUUGAUGGAGGUAAAAAGUUGAAAAAAUUGAACAACUGGAUUCAAUCUGGUGAUAUAGAUCAUGAUGGUUUCCCUCUCCCGAAUAUCCUUCUCAGUCCACUCGUUGUCAUUACCCAGUUAACGCAAUAUGCAAGUUACUUGCAAGAUCACCCAGUGUCGGGGAAGUUAGAUAAGACAGAAACUCUCGGGUUUUGUACUGGGAUACUCAGUGCUCUUGCCGUAUCAAGUAGCUCUGGUGAAGCAAUCUCACAAUAUGGCGCAGUUGCAGUGCGCCUUGCAAUGGUUAUCGGAGCUAUUGUUGACGGACAAGAUGAAUCGAGCGAGCAGGGUCCUUCCAAGUCAUUGGCAACCGCGUGGCAGUCAACCAAUGGAGAGUAUGAACUAAAGCAAAUCUUAAAUGAGUUCCCUGAUGCAUACACUUCAGUGCACUAUGACCAGCGUCGUGCAACUGUAACAACAUCGACGAAAAGCAUUGCCGCUCUUCAAAAAGCACUCAGAGAUGUUGGAAUCAUUGCUAAUGAAGUCGGACUGGUUGGCCGGUUUCACAGUCAUUCCAACCAAGAAUCCUUGAAGUCAGUCAUUGACUUUACCAAUACGCACCCUGGUUUUCAAUUUCCGGAGUUGUCCCAGCUAGUUUUUCGGACGCAUUUUACCACCAAGAUUGAAGAUCUAUCAAAUAUGAAGCUUCAUCAUGCUGCGUUACGGCAGAUAUUGGUCGAUAAGUCCGAAUGGUAUCAGUUGUUCGAAUCGGUGCAAGAGGCACGCUUGAGCGACAAGGAUUCACUUCUUCUUUCAUUUGGCCCGGAGCGCCCAGUACCUCCCUCCAUAAUGCGAGUUCUUAGCUCUCAGGUCAUUCAUAUCGCCGAUGUGAACGAAAAAGUUAUCGAACGUUCCGACACAAACCCAUAUCUGAUUGGCGAAAAUGAUAUCGCAGUCGUCGGCAUGUCCUUGAAGGUCGCUGGUGCUGAUGAUGUUGAGGAGUUCUGGGAACUUCUUCUCAAGGGAGAAUCGCAACACCAGGAGGUGCCAAAGGAUAGGGUCACAUUUGAAACCGUUUUCAGAGAUAUUGAUCCAAAGCGCAAGUGGUUUGGGAACUUUAUCCGAGACCAUGAUGCAUUUGAUCACAGAUUCUUCAAAAAGAGUCCACGUGAGAUUAGUUCCACAGACCCUCAACAAAGGCAUAUGUUACAGUGCGCUUAUCAGGCGGUCGAGCAAUCUGGUUAUUUUCGUGCAAAGAAUCCCGAUAAAAAGGUCGGCUGCUAUGUCGGCGUUUGUGCAGCCGACUAUGAAAAUAAUAUUGCUUGCCAUGCCCCAAAUGCAUUUUCGGCGACUGGGAAUCUGAAGAGCUUUAUCGCUGGGAAAAUCAGUCACUACUUCGGGUGGACCGGCCCAGGUUUGACUAUUGAUACUGCUUGUUCGUCAUCUGCCGUAGCCGUUCACCAAGCUUGCAGGGCUAUUCUGACCGGCGAAUGCUCAGCAGCUCUGGCUGGUGGUACGAAUGUCAUUACAAAUCCACUUUGGUUUCAAAAUCUCGCAGGAGCUUCUUUCCUCAGUCAAACUGGGCAAUGCAAGCCAUUCGAUGCCAAGGCAGAUGGAUACUGCCGCGGUGAAGGCAUCGCAGCUGUAUUCCUCAAGAAGCUCUCUUCGGCUAUUAAAGACGGUGACCAAAUAUUGGCAACUAUUGCAGGCUCUGCUGUUUACCAAAAUCAGAACUGCACCCCUAUAUUUGUUCCAAACGCACCUUCUCUAUCCGACCUUUUCCGUGAUGUUGUCGGCCAAGCUCGACUGGAGCCAAAGCAGAUCACUGUUGUUGAAGCGCAUGGUACUGGUACGCCAGUUGGAGAUCCUGCCGAAUACGAGAGCAUCCACAAUGUACUUGGUGGAAUAAAUCGUACAACAGCGCUUCAGAUGUCGUCUGUCAAGGGGCUGGUUGGCCAUACCGAAUGUACAUCGGGUCUAGUUUCUCUUGUGAAGACCAUUCUCAUGAUUCAAGAAGCGAAAAUACCUCCACAGGCUAGUUUCUCUGCCAUCAAUCCUCACAUACACCAUAGCCCUGACCACCAUAUGGAGAUUCCCACUAAGGUUCUGACCUGGAAUGAGAACUUUCGCGCCGCUUUGAUUAACAAUUACGGUGCUUCAGGUUCAAAUGCUUCCAUGGUGGUUGUGCAAGCUCCAUUUGUGGACAGGUCUGCACCAACGGUUGAAGGAUCAAAGUUUCCGUUCUGGUUCACUGGUCCGGAUGAUCGCACCUUGCGGGCUUAUGCAUCUCGCUUUAUCAGAUUUCUGAAUUCCAAAUCGGUGUCAUCAAAAAAUCUGACAUUAGCUAAUAUCUCAUUUAACGUUUCCCGUCAAUCUAACAGAAACCAUGACAAGGGAUUGAUUUUCGGUGCUAGUUCUCUCCAGGAGGUAGAACAGAAGUUAUCUUGCUUUGCCAAUGGAGGUUCCGAUGUCAAUUCUCAGCCAAAGACUGCUCCUAGACCUGUUAUCCUCUGCUUUGGUGGCCAAGUUUCGACGUUUGUAGGUCUUGACCAGCAACUCUAUGAGCACGUAACGAUUUUGCGCCAAUACUUGGAUCAGUGUGAGGCCAUCAUCACUAAGCUUGGUGAGAGCAGUAUUUUCCCGGGAAUCUUUCAGCGAACAGCUAUUGAAGAUCCGGUGUACUUUCAAACAAUGCUGUUUUCCGUACAAUACUCCUCCGCUCUCGCCUGGAUCGCGUCUGGCGUCGAGCCUGUAGCAGUCGUGGGUCACAGCUUUGGAGAAUUGACAGCCCUCUGUGUUUCAGGGGCACUAAGUCUUGAGCAUGCCAUCAAAAUGGUAAUUGGUCGCGCAAAAGUUAUUCGGGAACUUUGGGGAUCUGAAAAGGGCUCCAUGAUUGCAGUUGAAGGUGAUAUUGAGCAAGUUCAGAGCCUGCUUUCUGUGUCGGUCGUUGAGGGAGAAGCAGCAGCAACCAUUGCUUGCUACAACGGAACCCGUAGCUUCACACUUGCUGGAUCGGCAAAAGCUAUUGAAGGAGUAGCAAAGACUGCAUCGACGGGUCUUUUCUCCUCCAUGCGUACCAAAGUUUUGAAUGUCACCAAUGCCUUCCACUCUACCUUGGUUGAACCCCUUAUAACUGAGUUGGAGAAAGUUGGAAGUGGCUUGACGUUCUGUCAGCCUACCAUCCGUCUCGAAAGGGCUAUUGAUGCUAGUCCUCACGCAUCUCUAACCUCCAAGUUUGUUGCAGAGCAUAUGCGUUUCCCCGUCUACUUCAAUCACGCCGUGCAAAGACUCGCUCAGGAAUUCCCUUCUAGUAUUUGGCUCGAGGCAGGCUCUAACUCCACGAUCACUACUAUGGCUAGCCGUGCUUUGGGCUCUUCGGGAGACCACCAUUUCCAGGCCAUCAGCAUAACGAAUACCUCAAAUGGAAUAACCAACCUUGCAGAUGCUACGGUUAGCCUGUGGAAGAAUGGCCUUGACAUCUCUUUUUGGGCGCACAGUUGUAAACAGACAUACUCGUUUGCCCCACUUCUACUUCCACCGUAUCAAUUCGAAAAGGCUCGCCAUUGGAUCGAGAUGAAAAAGCCAUCCAAAUCCGGUGGAGAGCCCACCGUGCUUGAGGUAGUGGAGACAACCAUUGAAGAACUACCAAAGACUCUUCUGACCUUCGUAGGUUAUGAAGACAGAGAUCAACGGCAGCCACGUUUUCGUAUCAAUACCAUGAUACCAAAAUACGAGGAACUAGUCAGUGGUCACAUCAUUGCCAAUACCGCAGCAAUUUGUCCUGCCACAGUGGAAGUGGAUCUGGCCAUUGAGGGCCUUCGCAUUCUAUACCCAGAUGUAACUGACAGCAUGCAACCUCAAAUCCAUUCGGUUGACAACCAAUCUCCUAUUUGCGUGGACACAUCACGAUUUAUUUGGCUCCAGUACCAGGCUCUUGACAAUGCGGCCCAUACAUGGAGUUUCAAGAUUUAUAGCACGGGUACAGGGAAGGAAGCCUCGACCACCCACGUUACUGGAAAAAUCCUGUUGCGAAGCCUCGAUGACCCCCAAACUCACGCCGACUUUGCCAGACUUGAGCGUUUCGUCAAUCAUGAGCGUUGCGCGGCUUUACUCAAAGCGGACGACGCGGAUGACGUUAUUCAGGGGCGUAAUAUUUACAAGGCUUUCAGUGAAAUAGUUAACUAUGGCGAGCAGUAUCGUGGCUUGCAGAAACUUGUCGGGAAAGGUGCCGAGUCUGCUGGUAGGGUUGUUAUGAAUCCAUCUAGUGAAACAUGGCUGGAUGCCCAUUUAUCCGACACUUUCAGCCAAGUUGGAGGAAUAUGGGUCAAUUGUAUGACUGAUCGUGAGCCGACUGACAUGUACAUUGCAAGUGGCUUUGAACAAUGGAUUCGGUCACCCAAUCUUCGAUCGAACACCAAGCGUCCGGGGUCCUGGGAUGUGUUUGCUCUUCACCAGAAACACAGUGACAGGGUCUACGUUACCGAUAUUUUCAUAUUCAACGGCAUCGAUGGCAAACUUACCGAGGUUAUCCUUGGCAUUAAUUAUGCAAGAGUUGCAAAGCUUUCCAUGAGCAAGCUCCUUAGUCGCCUUACGGCUGUUAAAAACACGGCUAGCUCUGCUCUCCCAUCAGCAGCGACCAAGUUGCAGUCUGGAAUUGCAAUAAGUGCAUCAGGUCCAGUUCUAUCCACUAAUGAUAUAUCUCUUCCUCAGAAGUCUCCCAAAAAAGUAAAGGCACCGAAGAAGAAGACACCUUCUAGUCAGCCUGACAUUACUGGUAAAGUGAGAGCAAUGCUGGUAGAACUAUCCGGCCUGGAGCCCGAAGAAAUGAAAGAAGACGUGGAGCUGGCAAAUAUUGGCAUCGACUCUUUGAUGGGUAUGGAGCUUGCACGAGAAAUCGAAGAUAUAUUCAAAUGCUCGUUGCCCGAAGAGCAACUGGUAGAAGUGACUACGUUCAAGGCCCUCUUGCAGUGUAUUCGUGCAAACCUACCGGAUUCCUCGGAUGAUAAUCCAGAUGUGGAAGAGGAUGACGAGUCACUAGAGAAUACAAGAGUCUUCACGCCGUCCGAUGUGGCCACCAGUGUUUCCUCUGCUAGAAAAGCAGAUGUCACUGAGUUCCUUGUUGAGUUCUUGGGCAUUGAGGAGAGCAUUAUCACUCGCAACACACUUCUCCGUGACCUCGGUGUUGACUCCCUGCUCUCGACUGAGCUUCGUGCCGACAUCUCCUCCAAGUUUGGGGUUGAUGUGCCGGAAGAAGUGAUGCUGGAGGAUCUUUCAGUCCAUGAGUUUGACGUCCAGAUCAACGGAUCCUCGACAGGCGCUGCACCAGAGCCUGAAGUACCCAGGGCUUCUUCUACAUCUGGAGUUCCUUCCACAACGGCACGUGCCUUGGGAGGCAACCUGAACCUUCCAGCUUCGACUGUGCUGGAGGCUUUCCACGAGACAAAACUCUUGACAGACAAGUUCAUUGAGGAUUAUCAAUGUGCCGGCUAUAUUGACACCGUUCUGCCUAAGCAAGACCAGCUCUGUAUUGCUCUAGCUGUUGAGGCCUUUGAGCACCUAGGAGUAUCUCUCAAAGGAGCGAAGGCAGGCCAGAAGUUGGAACCUAUUAAGUACCUACCUCAACACGACCGACUGGCUGAGUAUCUCUAUAUGAUGCUAGAAAAAGGUGCCCGAUUGAUAGAUAUUGAUUCGAAUGGCGUCAUCACGCGUACAGCUGUGGCCACGCCGACCAAGUCGAGCAACGAUAUUUGCCAGCAGUUAAAUCGGGAUUAUCCUGAUCACAACUUUGCUAAUAGACUUACACAGUUCUGUGGUCUCCGGCUUGCUGAUGUACUCACUGGUAAAAUAGAUGGGAUUAAACUCAUUUUCGGAUCGUCUGAAGGACGUGAAUUGGUUUCUGGGCUCUAUGGUGACUCCUUGUUGAACAAGCUGGCCUACGAGCAAAUGAAAGAUUUCCUACGGCGGCUUAUUUCAAAAUUACCCAUGCAUGAUGGGCCAUUGAAGAUUUUGGAAAUGGGUGCGGGCACUGGAGGCACGACGAAAUGGAUUGUACCCAUGCUGGCACAGCUAAACGUUCCCAUCGAAUAUACCUACACAGAUCUGGCACCCUCAUUCGUGGCUGCCGCUCGCCAGAAAUUUAAAAAUUUUCCCUAUAUGAAGUUCCGUGUGCAUGACAUUGAGAAGCAGCCUGCAGAUGAUUUACUUGGAACUCAGCAUAUCAUUCUGGCUAGUAAUGCUGUUCAUGCAACACACAGUCUGACUGUCUCUACACGAAAUAUCCGCAAGGCGCUAAGACCUGACGGAUUCCUGAUGAUGCUUGAAAUGACUGAAACCGUUUAUUGGGUUGAUGUAAUAUUUGGUCUACUUGAAGGCUGGUGGCUCUUUGAGGAUGGCCGCCGGCACGCGAUUGCUCACCAAUCACGCUGGGAAAAAGAUCUAGAGUCCGUAGGCUUCGGACACGUUGAUUAUACCGAUGGACAUCGUCCAGAGGUCAAUAUCCAGCGCAUCUUCAUCGCGUUGGCUUCCGGCCAGAGGUACGACCGUAUUCCAAUCCCUCCCAAAGCUAUCAUGCAUGAAGCUCCGAAAACUGACAUUGGGGCACGUGAAGCGGCCGUCAAUAAGUACCUCCAAAAAGCGGUCAGCGGCUUCACUGCAGUUCCUAUCUCUUACACUCCCUAUCCCGUACUAUUGAAUCAAGGUGUUCUUGUCACAGGAUCUACCGGCAGCCUCGGAUCCCACUUAGUUGCCCAUUUAGCCAAUUUAUCCUCGGUUAAGACAGUUUUUUGUGUCAAUAGGGUCAGUCGUUCGGAUGCAUUGAAGCGUCAGCAGGAUGCGCUUUUGUCCAGGGGUAUCUCCCUAACUCCCGAAGCACUCUCAAAGUUAGUGGUGAUUGAAACGGAUACGCACAAACCUUUUCUUGGUCUUCAGCGCGAUAGCUAUGAUCGAAUAGUCCACGCAGUCUCCCAUAUCAUCCACAAUGCUUGGCCAAUGAGCGGUAAGCGUGCUUUGAUGGGAUUCGAACAACAAUUCGUCGUCAUGAGAAAUCUCGUCAAUCUUGCCAACGAAGCUUCAACAAGCGGUCCACGUAAAAUUACUUUCCAGCUAAUUUCCUCGAUAUCUACCGUGGGCUACUAUCCGGUAUGGAGUGGAAAGCGCCUCGUACCGGAAAUGCGUGUCGAAAUGAACUCUGUGCUUGACAAUGGAUAUAGCGAUGCCAAGCUUGUUUGUGAGCGGAUGUUAGAUGAGACUCUUCACAAGCAUCCCGAUAGAUUCAGGCCGAUGGUCGUCAGGUUAGGUCAAGUUGCAGGUUCCAGCACGAGUGGGUACUGGAAUCCAAUGGAGCACUUUUCAUUCCUCAUCAAAUCUUCACAAACGUUGCGAGCAUUCCCUGCUCUUGAAGGUGAACUUUCCUGGACACCUGUUGACGCAGUCGCUAGUACGCUAGGUGAUUUGAUAUCAGGGGAUCACCGGCCUUACCCUGUUUACCAUAUCGACAACCCUGUCCGCCAACAAUGGCUGGAUACAAUUCCCGUACUGGUCGAUGCUCUAGGAAUUCCUCAAAGCAAUGUUAUUCCCUUCAAAGAAUGGGUUGGUUUAGUACGGCGAUUCCCAGGGUCUGAGGUAGACAACCCAGCAGUGAGGCUUAUUGAUUUCUUGGAUGACAACUUUCUGAGAAUGUCCUGUGGAGGAUUACUCCUUGAUACCACCAAAAGCCUUAAGCAUUCUUUAACAUUGGCAGCUAUUGGUCCGGUGAGCGGAGAUGUUGCACGUAAAUAUAUACAAGCAUGGAAAGAUAUGGGAUUUCUGCAUUAA